CUCAUUGGGCAGAUUAUGUGCUGCAAACAAAAAGUGUGUAUGUGGGUGCCACUCAGCCAGUGUGUCGGCCCCAUCUGCACGCCUCUCUGCGCUCGCGAAUCAUAAGACGGUCGGCUACACUGUCACUUUCAACAGACGGGGAAAUGUACUGAAUGCACGGACUUCAUAGGAGCCGCUGAAUGAAGAUAUACUGACGGCAAUUGUGAAAUUUUGUGGAUUAUUUUAUCCUAGUACCAUGGAGUGAGACUGCGACCUCACAGCUACAAAAGGAGAGGACCAUGAAAGGAUUAAGGGCAAAAUUCACACCAAGGCUUUUUAUGGAUGAAGGGAACUUAAAGCAUUUGUGUCUUGAUAAUAGCCUACAAUCGAGAGCCGGACAUGUCCAUCUGAAAUAGCCUAGAAUCCUCAUUAUUUAAUAGCUUUGCAGAUUAUUAUUUUUUUCUUCUUCAUAUUUUCAAUCUCAGCCUAUUUUGUAUUAUUCGCGUCAGUGUCUUAUAGCCUACUUUAUUUGAGCAAUAAAUAAGAAGUAGCCUAAAAUAAAAAAUAAAAAACCGCUCUGCUUCCUACCGCAGCCUGUUGAAAAACUGUAAACCUAUUUGUAAAUUUAAUAGCCUAUGUUUUUAAUAAACGUCUUUUGCGAAAUUGAAAGCAACUCGGGAUGCGUUUUACCUAACUAUAAAACUAUCUGCAGUAACAACAUUUCCCUUCACUCUUGUCGUUAGAAAUAAUUUUCACAGUAGCUAUUUUUAUUUUUGACCUCAUCAAAAAGCUGUGUGAUCGAGUGAAAACCCAGCAAUAUGUCCAAACUAUACCACUGUUAUUGUCUGUUAAAACUAUAAUAAAACUAUUAAAAAAUGGUACAGAUAUUAAAUAUUUUCCCACUGUUUUUAAAUGCUACCAAAAACGUUCUUGUGUUUAACAAGUUACACGAGAAAACUCCAAUUCAGGAGCAACAAAAUAACUAAGAGAGUGCAAUAGGGGUUUGGAGAAGAAAACAUAUUUAACUCCGAGUGCUGCUUUUAUUAAAGACUCAGAAGGAUAGUGGUGGAUUAUGGUAAUAAGGAGACAUACGUUACUUCUUGUAGAAUGGAGCUAAAGGUUAGCUGACGUGAAAUCAGCGACUUUGACAGUGCUAUUGAAUCCAUUCGAUCUCAUAAGGCCAGAUUUUUUUCCGCUGUCAAAAGCAUGUAAAAAAUAUUUCUGACAAUUGGAAGAUAAAUCAGAAAAUACACAUUGAGAGUUACUAAUGUAAUACCGUCACAGUCAGCUUUGAAAUCGAAUUAAUGCGUUGUAAGAAAUGACCUUCUCUUCUUCGAUUACUCUUCUCCUUGUUUACAGAAUUAAUAAAAACAUUUAAUUCUAUAUGUUUACAUUUUAUAACAUAGAUUAUACCUUAAAUGGCAUACAGUAUCAAAAAUAAUAAUAGGCUACUACUAUAACAUGUCAACAAUAGGCCUAAUUUAUCAAUCGAAUAGAAAUAGCUUAAAAAAAGACUCCGCACAUGGAGAUUGUAUUAAAUGGUUUGUGCAGUAGAUUCACUUUGAACUCCAAAUCAGAACUGAGAAAAUAUGAAAAAUAAUUACAUACUUUUAAUAAUGGAGAAAUAGUGAUUGUGUGAUAUUAUUAUUUAUUAUUAUUUUACAGCAAAUGAUGGAGGAAUCGUUUUCGCAGAGACUGGGCUGGGAUGGCGACGCGAAAGCGAUGCAGCAGUGUUUAACGGAUAUAUUUACCAGCGUGUACACCACCUGUGACAUCCCGGAAAAUGCAAUUUUUGGCCCAUGUGUUCUGAGUCACACGUCACUGUAUGACAGCAUCGCCUUUAUCGCUCUCAAGUCCACAGACAAACGGACGGCGCCUUACAUCUUCAGGGUGGACACGUCAGCUGCCAACAGUUCCUCAGAAGGCCUGAUGUGGCUGAGGCUGGUUCAGUCGGCGAGAGACAGAGAUGAACAGAACCUAGAGGCCUAUGUGAAGAACAGCCAGCUUUUCUUCAGGUCACUGAGGAGAAUAGAGAAAGAUGAAGAGCUGCUGGUGUGGUAUGGCAAGGAUCUCAUUGAGCUGCUGCUCCUGAGCUCAGGCAGAAAUCAAGCCAAAAGCAAAGGAACAUCGCCCUUUUUGUGCCCAGACUGUAGCCAGCGUUUCCAGUUUGAAUUUCCCUUUUUGGCUCAUCUAAGAUUCCGCUGUACUAAGAGACUACAAAGCAUGGCCAGCCCAGAGGAGGAGGCCACUGAUGCCAGUGACCAGGCUAGUCUACCUCCUGCCAGGUCCAGUCCCAAACUUGGCCGAUCUGAUGGCUUCUCCAAUCCACAGGAAGGAAAGCCAUCCACAGACUUCCAUAAUCUAGCCAGGGAUUUGGAGAAUAACAGAACCAGUCCACCGAGCGACAAAGAGGCCGAGAUCCUGAGCGAGAGCUCUGGAAAGCGCAAGUUCUCUGACAUGGAGGACAGCAGGAACAGUGGAUUAUCUCAGCCUCCCAAGUCCAAAGAGGAGUUGGCCAACUCGGCACAGCAUUACCGUGGAGCGUACGGUCUGGAUGAGAGCAGGCGGGUUUUCUCACCCUCUGUUUCAGAGUCGACGGAAACCAAAAGGAGCGCCUUCACAGAGGUCAAGAAGUCACCUCAGAGCUUGAAGCACAGCGGUAAAAACUCCAGCUCAAACUCGGAGAACAAGGAGGCUGGCCGACCCAGCAGCAACCCGGCUGAAAAGCACCUCAACAUCAGACAGGUUCUCAGUGAGACUCAGCCCCCACAGUCCCGAAUGGAGACCUCGUCAAUUGGAAGCGCUUUCACUUCAGUGCCCCAGCAGGGUGGUGGAGGCUCGGAGAGAAAGAGUGCCUUUAGCCAGCCGUCUCGCACCUUCUCACAGCUAUCACCUCUUGUCAUGGCACCCAAACUUCUUCCAGCAGUAGACUGCCAUCCGGCAGUGGGCGACACUGUCUCUUCCAAUAGACUCUACCAGGCAGACCACCUCGCCGCAAAGCUCCAAGGCUCAGAACUAGGCAGCAACUGUCCUGUGCCGGGUGGCAUUGCAAAACAGAACCCUUUUCUAUACACCACAGCCUUCUGGCCCAAGACCUCAGGCCCCAUCCAGCUGCAAAUGCCCUCUGCUCUAACGCUUCUGCCCCCUUCAUUUACUUCACUUUGUCUGCCUGCCCAGAACUGGUGUGCCAAAUGCAACGCUUCCUUCCGCAUGACCUCUGACCUGGUCUACCACAUGCGCUCGCACCACAAAAAGGAGUAUGCCAUGGAACCUCUUAUUAAAAGAAGGAGAGAAGAAAAGUUAAAGUGUCCAAUCUGUAAUGAGACUUUCAGGGAGCGGCACCACCUUUCCCGGCACAUGACCUCUCACAACUGAAUUUUUGAGGAUUUAUUUGUUUUUCUUUCUUUCCUUUCUCAUCUCUUUCUUUUUUCUUGCUUUUUUUAUCAAAAGGGAAUAAGGUAAAUCUGGAGGAUUAAUGCCAACCCGUUUUGCUCUCAUUUUCAAAAGACAUUACCGUUUAAAUAGUAUGUUUUCUUCAAAUGUCAUGUUUUGUGUAUGAAGAUGCAUUUUGGCUUAAAAACUCUAAAAUAUAUUUAUUAUAUGAAGUACUUAUUUGAAAAAAGCGGACAAUAAUAAUUUAAGUGUACCUUGGAUUUUUUAUAUAUUAAUGUAUAAUAAAUAUAUAAAUCAAUUUAAAUGCAGAUCAUUUCAUUGAGAGUUAUUCAAUGACAUGUAUAUAUGCAUAAGGAUACUAAACAUUGGGGACAUGACGUUGAAGUGUAUUAAAGAGUGCAUGUAAAUUAUAGUUAUUGGUAUAAGAUGCAGUCUAUUCCAAACAAUGUAAAUACUUGUUUUGUUUGAAUACAAAGUGUAAUAUUUUGUGUCUGUGAGAAAUAGAUUCAGUGUUUUUCCUUUGAAAUUGCUGAAAUUUACUAUUUGAUAGUUUAUCUA